GGUCGGGACAUUCGGCAUUCGGCACGUGCCGCGUGCAACGUGACAACGGGACGUAUUUGCUUAGGAUUUUAGAAUAACAAUUCGUCAGCAGAAGGAUCAACGUGCGACGAUCGGUUAUGGCGUGCUCGCCCUACGUACGCUUGGCGGGAGACGCGGCAUACAGUUAAUGCAGUAAUAAAAAAUAUAUAUAUAUAUGUAUAUAUAUAUCUCGAGAUCUGCAGAUUUUUAGAGAAACGUUGUCGCACAUUCGUUGUACUUCUUAACUUUAGCGCUCUUAUCAACGAACACGAUGGCGGGAUCUGAUCUUGAAUCCUUAGCAUUCGAUCGCGUAUCCGCGCUCGCUCCAGCGCUUUUAAUCCUCGUUACGUGUCUCACGGUCUUCCACAGGCUAAAAGUGAGAUGGCCUGUAAUUGUGAAUUGCUGGUUCUGCAAUGAGAAUUCAAAGAUCUGGAGGCAACAUUUGAAUUGGUGGUUGUGCCCUUGGUGCGAGCAAUACAACGGCUUCUCCAAGAAUGGUGAUUAUGCGUACAAUAUCCCAGAACAAUAUGCAACGCCGAAUAUGUCUACAAGAUACUGCAGAUUGGUCGAACAGAGCGAUUCACGCAAUGUUUCCAAGAGUCAUCUCUGUGUAGAUUGUAACAAGCAAGAAAGUCUAAAAUUGUUGGAGUUAUCUAAUUUUGAACCGAAGAGUGAGAGACGCUACAAUGUCGAGCUGAAAGGAUUUAAGGAAUAUCUGGAGAACAAAUAUCCGCUGUGCGACAAUUGCAAAUUGACAGUACGGAACGUAUUGAGUAGGCAGGCAUUAUGGCUCACUCGUUACAAAAUGUUAUUUUUUCGGCAGAAACCGAUUAGGAUGCUUAUCGGUAAUUUCCAGAAAAGAAAAUUGGAAGCAAUUUCCCGAAUUAUUUCGACGAUCCUGAUCCCGAUUAUCGUAUACAAUCAUGACUCUGUAUGGUUGCCGAUCAGUGGAUUAUUCUUUCACUUGUGCGCUUGUUGGGCAAGUUCAGCAAAGGGGAAGAAAAUCGACGUAUUAUUGAUAUUUUUAUGGUUCUGCAUCAUUAUCUUUGUGUAUGUCAAAAAUUCAACUUUUCAAAAUGUCUGGCUUACGACGGAGCACAUCGUAUAUCAUCGCAUAAUAGAAGCAUGCGCAUUUAUUAUGGGUUUCUUGAGUGUAAAACCUAUUUCAUAUAAAAAUAAGUUAAUCGGUUCAGUUGCAUUGAAGAAGCUCAAGUUGCGUUCGCGAGCCGUUGUCGCACCUCAAUCCACAUUAGAGAAUUAUAGUGAAAGCAAAAACAACGUUUCUAAUGGAACAAUCAAUGCUGUUGAAUCAUCAGUCUGUAUAACAGGCGAAGUAUCUUCCACUGAAAUCAAAUCGCAUUCAGCAAUAUUGAGACAAAAGCUGUCUACGAUUACCGUUGCGGACAACAACAGCAACAAUAAUUAUAUAAAUUCCGUCUCUCAGAACAAGAACAGUCCGCUGCAGGGCUAUAGCUUGAACCACAGUCUGAGCACUCUCUUCCUAAGCGAGGACUCGCCAAGAUGCGGCAAGAAUACUGCGAAAGCGGCGCCGGCGAUCUUCGAGCGGAGAGUAUACAGUGCGACGAGCUCCGAGAAUCUGUUCAAAAAGUCUGGGUCCAAUAGGAGGUACGUUCUGUCGCCGCCAAAGCUCAGGUCGGUGACGCAGACCUCAUGGGUAGCUGGUGGUUACUGGCAAGAGAGCCAUAUGAUGACCGCGACGCCGCUGACGCUCUCACGAUCGUCUAGCCAGAGCUCCGGCUUCGGAUCGGCCGGUUCCUCCAAUUUUGCCCCUUCCCGCGAGCCGUCCGUGCACGAGCUCGAUCGCUGCUCCGUCGUCUCUGACGCUAUCCGGUGGUCGUAUCAUACGCCAUGUGCGAAUAAUUCGCCGCAGUUGUCGCGAGCCGAGGAACAGGAGAGAUACGUUCGCGAGGCGAACGUUGGCAAUCGGAGCGAUUUGACAUCGGCAUUUCCAAGUCAUAGCGCUACGACAACAACAACGAUCGUCGCGAGCUCCGGCUGGCUCUCCGUGCUGCUCUGCGGCUCGCUGAUAUUGAACAUGAUAGUGCUGUGCGCUACAUUAUUACGUUAACGAGUCGCCGCGUUGUGCCGGGUUGUUGUGUGUUCACUGUAAUUUUUACAAUUGUUAUACAGGAUGAUCCUUAAGUAUAUUCCGAAAAUUAAAGAAAUAAUUCCUUAGAAUUACUUCUUUGAUUUUCGGAACAUACUUGAGGACCACUCUGUAUAUAGCUAUUAAUGUGAUCGUUAACGCUAAUUUAAUCCUCGAGUAUUCGCCGAGUCCGAUCGGUCAAUCCGACUUGAGAGAUGUUUUCUUCUCAUUUUUCUUCGCGUAUAAUUUUACACAAUAAGAUUCCAUAAAUUUUGAAGAUUCAAUCUCUCGAGUCUGAUAAGUGAUACGUAUCUUUUCACCAUGCGAAUACUUUGAGAUGAAACAAUUACACUACUGCCAAUUAAAAGAAGACAAGCGCAAUUUUCUGCGCGUCAAGUACUGUUACACUGACGUUACACACUGCCGAUGUACUUGCUACAGAUACUUGCUUCAACAUAUCCGCCAGUCUUCACUCUAUCUUGCAAAUGUGUAUAAACACAUCCGCGUAUUCUCGUUAAAGUUGAAAUACGCGGGAGAUAUUUGCUCAUCUCAUUCUCUUUAACAUAUAAUUUUUAUUCUCCCUCCUCAUUCCAAAAAAAAUAUCUCAGAAUACAUUAUUUUCAUUUGUAUUAAUGUAUAUAUUUUAAAUAGAGUACUUUAUGUGGCGUAACAUUUUUUCUCAUGAUAAAUAAAAUUGUAAAAAAUUAGUUGGGGAAAAAAUGCGAUGUGCAAAUAUUUUCUUACGCGCAGUAAUUAUUACUUUAGUGAAAGAUGUACGUAUAUUGAUCUUUAAAGAUAAAGAAAUAAGGAUAUUUGUUUAAGCGUUGAAGAUUUCCCGUUUUCUAUACGUACUUGUUAUUUAUCGAUGAAACCGAUUGUGCACGCACUGCCGAAAACAGAAAAAAUUUCGUAUGUGAAAAGAAAAAAAAAAGAAAAUGCGCUCUAUCGACAGGCACAUGUGAUACAUCUGCCUGUUCUUAGCUGACGGACUAGGAAAACUUGUUGUAAUAAUGUUACUUAUAUUGUAUUCCGAUUAUUGUACGUUUUGAUAUGUACGAUAUUGUACAAUUGUAUCGAGACGAGAAUAAAACAGUAACUCUUUUACAAUAGUUUUCGGAA